AUGUACCCGCCGGCUCUGCUCUUCAUUCUGGCGGUGGCACUCGGGGCCCCGACCGCCGAGGCGACACAGCCCCUUGCACUCGUCUAUCGGGGCCCCUCGUCGUGUAAAGGCUGUUCCGAAGCCGCGGCUACCCUUCUUCAGUCCUCGCCGCAAAAUUUCAGCGUCACCUUCGUGGGGCCGAAUGAGGGUACCGGCAUUAGCGCCGAUGUCUUGAGCAAAGCGGCUGCUUAUGUGCAGCCAGGUGGUCCAGACUUGACUGCUGCGUACAACGAGCUGCAGGACCACGCACCCGAGAUUCGCGACUUUGUCAACAACGGCGGCCGCUACCUGGGCUUUUGCCUCGGCGCCUUCCUUGCCGGCAACUCGCCCGGGUUCGACCUGCUCCCGUCGGGCGCCAGCACAGACGCAGAGAGGAAAAUGGACAACUCGCAAGUGACGGGCACCGAAGACACCAUCAUCCAGGUCGAUUGGACCUUUCGCACAAAGGUCUCCGCCUUCAGCCGCGGCGAGACGGCCAAGGCCCAGUGGAUCUACUUCCAGGACGGCGCCGUCAUCAACGGCCUCCCGGACGACGGCAACCACACGAUCCUGGGGCGGUACUCGCAAAACGGCAACGUGGCCGCCUCGCUGACGCCCUACGGCAAAGGAUGGGUGGCCGUGACGGGGCCCCAUCCCGAAGCCCCCAAGGAUUGGUACAAAGCCUACCGUAUCGAAAACCCAGACGGUAUGAAGUUCGACAUUGGCUACGACUUUGUCAACGCCGCCAUGGAAGCUGGCCCGGUGCCCACCGGCACCUCCGGCACGGGAACAGCUCCCCGGCCAACGACGUCCGAGGAAAGCGCGUGGAACUCGCUGGGUCGCGGGCGAGGCAGGAUAACUCUGCAGAACCCAAUAGGGUGGCUUGUCAGGGGGUUGACGAGGUUCAGGUAG